GAGAUGAAAGAAUAAACACGACGCACGAAACAGGAAUGCUUCAGCAAUUUUCUGCAUUAUGCAAUGAGACUCAAAGAUUACAACAGUGAUGGACAUACUGGAAUCGUAAUGAAAUGGGAAACAUAGAAUCUAGUGCUAAAAUCGAUGUGACUCAGUUACAAGGGCUUCGCUCACGUGAGCUUAAUAUCAGUCGUUCCUUGGGGUACGAAGAUUACAAAGAGGUCAGCAAUAUUUAUAGGCUAUAUAGCGUGGUUUAUUAUCAGGAAAAUAAAGGUCUUUCUCAUAAUUGAGAGAGACCUUUAGUUCUGAAUUUUUGCCAUCUUUAAUACAGUCUAACCUCUCCUUACGGACACCUCUAUAGUACGGACACCUCUCUAUAACGGGCAGACUGUUCGUUUGGUCCCAGAAAUGCCAAAAAUCAUACAUUCCCUUCCUCUAUGAUGCGGACACCUCUGUAAAGCGGGCACUUGGUUCUGUCCCUUUGGUGUCUGUAUUAAAGAGGUUUGACCGUAUAUUUUAGCUUUUCAAAUCGUUUCCGAUCCUUGGUGACGACUCAUCUCAGACUACAUGCUGCUUAAUUACCUGCCACUGGGGUACAUUUAGGUGCCUGGGCCAAUCAGGCCCUGGCUGUUUGAAUGCUGGCUGGUGCUAUCCACCGAAGCAAUCACUUUCCAGAAAAUUAGUUUUGUGGGAAAACCAAUAACAUAGAGAUUAAUUUUAUCUCGAGGAUUGCACUCGGCGCAUAUCCACCGUUGAACACCCAGGGCAAGGUGAAUAUGACGGGGAUCAAUAUAAGGGGGUGGAUAGGAAUCUCUACCCCUGGUGAGGGGAAAUUCACAGCAUUGUUUCAACUCUGAAGGAAAGUGGUGUGUGAAUUCAAGAUUUUGAAAAAAAUUGCAGACGGAAACCACAGAGAUGUUACGAUAAUUUUCAUGUACUGCUUUCUCCAAACCUUGAAAAUGUUAAAGUUAAAGAGGAAUAAGCAUUUAUGAGCUGCCAAAUUUAGAGAGAAAAUUUUCCCAGUGUAGCAACAUUUGGCACUUUGAACUAUGAUAAGAAGCUGCACCAAGACAACAUUUUUAGGUGGGCAAAUCAAUCACUUUGUUUUCUGAUGUUAACCCUCUGAUGGACUUACAUCCCAUCCAGGAGGGACCGCUUUACCACCAGGCACUUCAUCAUGCUACAGAUAAGCUCCUGAAGGCUGUUUGGGUCUCAUAACUCCUGUACACUGUUGCCUUUUAACAGUACAUUGAAUCUAAUCAUUUUUAAUAUUGUGGUUUUUAGCAUCUAACACACGACAGCGAAGAUGCCCUUGUGGAUUAUCCAGUGGAGUUGCUCAGCAGUGUCUCAUUCUAUGAGAAGUUUGAUGCAUCAUUCAACUGCUUUACAUACAUUCCCUCAGAAUUUUCCAUGUUCCUUCCACAUCUGUCUUAUAUUGAUAUGAGCCACAAUCGCCUUGCCUCCAUACCAGAAUCAUUUGGUCUUUUGGUCCAUCUUAAAACCUUGCUGUUAAACAACAACAGAUUGGUUGAGCUCCCAGAAACAUUUUGUUUACUUGCAAGACUGGAAAAAGCCGACUUAUCUCACAAUCAGUUACGGUUCUUACCACAGAGUUUAGGAAUGAUGGAAUCACUUCAAAGUUUAAAUGUCAGUUACAAUGAACUUGACUCUCUGCCAGUCACAUUAGGAAAAUCAAAGUCUCUUAAGCUAAUCCUUGCAAUUUUUAACAAAUGCAUACUACCACCACAGCAGAUUUGUAAUCAAGGCUCGGAUGCCAUUCUCUCUUAUUUGCGGAAUCAAAAUCCAAAGGAAAUACAACAAUUGCUUAAUGUUACAAGAAACAAUGAGUUUCCACGAGUCCGUGGAGAUGUACUUGUUCUUGCACCUACGAACCCUCACACAGCUAGAGCACAGUAUGUCCAGACGCAGACCAACACAAAUGCUACUAGUCGCAUCAAGACUCCUCUUAGGCCCCCUGCAAAUGUUAACCAGCUGCCCCCAGAUGAACUUGUGGACAAGAUUGUUGGGUGUUUGUAUGGGGCAGCCAUUGGUGAUGCUAUAGGGUUGUGCACGGAUUUUAUGAUGCCCGAUGAAUGUAGUUUUUAUUACGACAAGGACACGUUGCUUUGUCAUAAUAUGAUAAAAGACAGACACAGGAGUAAGUGGGAAAAGGGAGACUGGACAGACUCAUUUGACCAAACUGUGAGUAGAUUUUAUCGUACUGAUGCUGAUUCCAUUGUAAAGAAAAUCAAUGGCACUGAUAUUCAAGGAAAAACUAUUAUUCCCCGCAUCCCUGUUUCUCAAUGCCAUUUCGUUUACAUUCUUCUCCUUAACUUCAGAGCCAGGCAUGAGAACUUGCCUCUUCCUUUGUGCAUGCAGCCUAUAGGGAAAAAAUGGCAAUUGAGACUGGAAUGAUUAUGCACUGGCACAGUGAAGCUAGUGUCAUAAUAAUUAUAAUUUCAUCCACAGACUGUAAUUAGUUAGAACUGAAGUCAAAAUAUAAUAAUGCCUGCACAACUGACUCUGAAAGUACAGUCACACACAUUGUUAGGGUUAAGCAAAUAUGAUGGCAAUAUUACAAUGUUCACCAAAGGAAAAAUACCAUUUGAUUCUCUACAAGACAAAAAAAAUAACAGUAACAAAAUAAUAAAUAAAUAAAUGAAUAAAUACUGUUACAGUCAGAGCCACUCCCCUCAGGUUAUUUUUAGGGAUAAUUCAUUUUUGUAACGCUGGUUGGGGGACUUCGCCAGGCUGCUUAUGGUGAAGUUUACAAGUAAUGAAGAAAUGAGUAAUGAUGCCCCGUAUAAUUAUGUGAGUGUGACUACGUCCCCUAUACUCUGUAUGAACAAUGUGUUGGUUCUUUUACAUCCGGCCACAGAAUUUAUUAUAAGGCUUGCAAGACAGGGUGUGAGGUUAAUCAUCCUUAUGCGAAAAGACUAGAAAGUCUAACCAUCUGCAGAUGUCAUUACGUAGACAGUGUUUUCUCCUCAGUUAUGCAACCCUUUUAGGGCAAAAUUUCGACAAGCGACAUAAUUGAAAGAGCGAAACAGGACAGCAGAAAUGGUGACAAAUGACACAAAGAUGGGAUGAAACUGCAUCAGCAACAGAAAAAAAAAUGCAAAUACAAUAGUAAAAUGCUGACAGCGACAUGGCUUGCUCCUCAACAUGUGAAAUGACAGGUUUUGGAAUUCAGACAAGAGACAUAUGUUACCCCCCUAAGGGGGCCUCAGUUAUUUAAGACUUGCCCACAAGUUGAGCUCAAAAUUUUUCAUGAGUGCAAAGCGCAAGCAGGAGAUUUUUUCAUGUUUUCUACAGCAAAAGCGAAAGUCUAUCUCAGUGUUGGUACGGUUGAGGUUUGAACCAGUGGCCUCGCACUUUGCAGACUAGUGCUUAACCAAUAGAGCUACCCCUGUCAGGAGCAAAAACUGUCUGCAACUGGAAAAAGUUUUUGUAAGCAGACAGUUUAAAUAGGUUUUUCUGAAAGCUGCUGUAAGUAAAGCUGUCCUCUAACUUGAGCUUCUAAUAAGUGAGCUUUGACUGUAUUGCAUAGGAUAACAACGAUAAAAUUUAACCACAGCGCACAUUUAAAUGUUGUUUUUGUUGUAGAUGUUAAUCCUUGAAAACAUCAUUCAUUGGGCUGGUGUUGUGGAUGAACUAGAGUUUGCUAAGAGUAUUCUCAACUGGUGUAAACAUGGUUUCCCUGAGUUAGGUGAUACAGUAGGACGAGGAGUUAGAGGAGUCCUUGCUAAGGUAAAAUUUUAGAUCACAACACUUACACAUAUGAAUCUUUUAUUAUUUUUAGCCUAGUCAAAUUUUGUUUCGUUUUUAUCCUGAAAAAUAAUUGUUUUAUAGCAGGAUAGAUUCAUGUAAAUAUAGUUACAAUACCAUAAACUGCUGCUUACAUUGCCCUGAUCAGGGCUCGUGCAUCUUUGUAAGGUUUUUUUUGGGUGGGGGGGGGGGGUCGGAGAGGAGUUACAGUACAUGUAUAACUGGAAUAGAAAAGGCUCUUAGAAACAAGCUACAGAAUGUAGAAGCCAUUUACGUAACUGUUUUUCUUAUAUAAAGCUUCAAAAUGUCAAAUAAAGAGGAUCUGUAUCAGUAGUCAUAAUGAUAUGGCUACAGCUGUAAUUUGUUCACCGACUCUAUAAUAAAAAGAAGUUAUGAGGACAAAAAAUAAUACCAUUAAAUAGUACAUUUAAAAUAAUGGUGGAAAUGUUAAGUAUACAUGGUCACACUACAGGGCUUGUUAAUCACAGACCCUAAAAUUGGAACGUUAGUUUCAUACGUUGUAAAUGACAAACAGUGAAGGUACUGCGGUUUACUCUGCUGUUCUACACUCUAGUCUACACUCUACUUCAAAAGGGAAAAAUUGAGCUUACCCUCUCCCACCCCUCCCAUGCAAAGUUCAAUUGAAUUGCUGUUUGAGCUAGUUCUGUAGGAAAGAACAAACAUUCCAACUUAGAAUGUUUUGUUCUCAAUUUUGUCCUCAAUUGUGGCAACAGCUUCUAUUUUUUUCUCUUCAUGCCUAACCGUCUUUGGUCAUGAAACAAGGGCUUGGCUAUUGGUGAACAGGUUGUAGGCAUUUUCUUGUAGAAAAAGGUUGCCAUAGCAUCAAAUUAGUCUCUAGAAAAUGUCCCUUCGACUCUCAAGUAAUUUUGCAUUAAUUUUUUGAACGUUGUCCAUCUCAAAUUGCUAUCUUUAACAGGUUGUUUGUGAACCUCAGUUUCUUAAUGAUCCACACGGAGCCGCCAUUUCAGUAGCAAACAAGUUGGAGUCGCCAUCUAAUGGUGCUAUUAUGAGGACAUCCAUUCUUGGUGUUGCUCACUUUUAUGACUUAAACGAAGUAGCCACUAACGCGGUUAGGAUAUGCAAGGCAACACAUACUGACCCAAGGUUAGCAAGGUUUCCAUGUAAUCAUUGUUUGUUUGUUUUUUCGAGGGGGACCAAGAUUUUAGACUCUUUAGAUUGUUUGUUUAAUUAAGCAUUGUUGUAUUGCUAGAAUUUUAUUUGAGUUGAUAAUGACGUUAUAGGGAAACAUCAUAACAUCGACGUCUAUUUAACAGCUGUUCAUUUUACCUUUUAACAUGAGGAAGUGCAGAAAAAGAACUUUUCCUCUACAUUAGCACUUAGUGCACUUUUUACUAUAGAAGCAGUAAUUACAUUGUAUCAGUUGUUUUGUUCGUUUGUUUGUUUGUUUGUCUUUUAGGUGCAUUGCAAGUUGCGUUGCAGUAUGCAUUAUUAUUGCAUUGAUAUUGCAGGUACUCUGUCUUAUGCACCCUGCCGUUGGUUUUUUGGUUUAAUCUUUUCCUUGGUUUCAAUUUUAUUUCCCUAUCUUUUGGGGUAUGGUGAUGUACGAUAAUGAGUUUAAAACAAAGGAAAAUGAUAUUUAAAACAAAAUUAAAAUUGAACCACAAUAUGCAUAACGAUCACAUUAACCCAUUCACACCUAAUAGCAUUCCCUUCGCAAUGUUUAUGCAGACUGAUUAUCGUUCUUUAGGGCUAUUCCCUCACCCUUUCCUUUCGAAAUCCUUCCUUGCAAGCUAAUUUUUAUCACAAAAUACUGAGAGGAGUGAACACGUUUCCAAAGCAAACAACAAGCUAACAUUGGAAGCCGGAAAUACAUGCAGUAUUAGGAAAGCUUCCCUCGUAACCGCAAUGACCAAGCAUAGCAUGGUAAGCCUUUGUCGCACCGUACCCGUUUUUCAUUUCCUCUUUAUUGGAGAUAGCAAAUUGCACGCGAAAUUGUGUGCAAACAUUUUGUCUGCUUGACUAGUUGUUAUAUUUAUUUCUUGAUUACUGCGCGAACAUUCAUAUGCAAAUUUACAAGAAAAAGUGAACGUCUUUAUCUCUAAACUUGACGUAUAAUUAUGCGUCAAUGUGGUAUGAAUGUGUUCAUUAUAAUGGAUGCUAGAACGUGUUAGUUAAGUUGUAACAUACAGAGUUAAGUAUAUAUUUUAAUGUACCCACGUGGCUCUCGAGUAAGUUUGUUUAUUUAUUUAUAUAUUUAUUUAUUUAUUUAGGGAGAGAACGAUAUGGAGAGCAAUUCUUCUGUUGAAGAACUUCUAGAGAAAGCCAGAGAACAGGGAAAGAUCUACUUAGAAGAGCCAUUCCAUCAAAAGGACUUCCACCACUAUUUUAAUUGCCAGACUUGGGAAGAGUGAGUGUCUGUUUUGAAUUAUUGUGAGGGUCGUAUAAGUAGCAUUCCCGCACGCGACUGGCUUCUCCACUCACGAUCCCCAGAGGUCGCUGUUAACGUCGUCUGUCUAUCCGAACUUCCACGCGUUCAACCAAGGUCCCAGUUUCAGAGGGAAGACGCUGCUUUUGCAACGACAAUAACAACAAUAUGUUGCGCUUGUUCGACGGUGGCGAAAUGCGUGUCAGAAAUUCUCAAUGUGCUCACUCAACAUUCUUAUUGGGCAUGAUGCGCGAAAUUUCUUUCCCGUGUCAGUCGGUCAUUAUUAGGGCGCUUAAGCAGCAUUGACGGCGACGGCAACGAAAACGGCAAAAAUAAAAUAAAGAUAAAAAUGAAAAAACAGACAAUGGGUUUAAUUUAGCAAAACAAACACGCUUUUUGGACGUUUCUUUACCGUCACUGACUGCACUUUUACACCUAAGGUUUAAGUUUUAUGGAGGUCAUGAACACGACAAAAUUUUUUUUUUUCUUUUCGUGAACUUAGGUACAGUCCUUUAGAAUCAAUUCCAGAAAGCUUCCCAACACUUGAAAAAUUGAAUGAAAUACGAAAGGAGGAAUGGGGUUUGGAACAGCACGUAUUCAGUUUUAAGUAGGGAGCUUUAGCAACGACGACGUCGACGGCAACCAGAACGUCAAAAAAGCAAUAGGUUUAUUACGCAAAACAACAACUUUGCACGUGCAUCACGCUUUUUUGUACAUUUCUUCACCGUCCUUGCACGACUACGACGUGAAAAUGACUAAUUGCAAGUCACUCAGUUUAUGGAGGACGUAAACAAGCGACGACGAAUCUCUUCUUCUCUCUCUGAACUUGAGUGCGGUCCUCAAGAAAUCAACUCCAGGGAAAUUCGCCUACACUUGGGCAAUUUUCAGCAAAUUGGAAUAAACGCGAUAAAGAUUGAAAAAACGGGAAUUCAUUUUAAAACUGACGUUUUCGCUGCCGUUGCCGUCGUCGAUGCUAAAGCUCCCUAGUGACUUUUUCAACGUCUUUGCCGUUGUGGUUGCUUAAGCGUCCUAUUGAUUAGGUCUAGAUCCCCCACUAUUUUUCUUAUAGCCUCUUUUGGCAUGUGCAGCGGAUCAAUUACCUGCAAUUGAUCCUUCUUCUGCCCAGAAGUGAAAAUCCCGCCACAUCAGUGAACCAACCAAUCAGAUUGUAAUGUUGGACAAUGGAACUCAUUUAAGUAAAAUAGUACAGUCGCAAAACCUAUCGAAUUAAGGUGAGCAUUAAGAGAAAGUUUUAGAAAGUACUGUUUGUUUUCAUUUAGCGUUGAAGUCUGCGAACCCAGAAUGACAGAUUACACUUUUAAACCACUUGGCGCUGGACUCGUAGCACUCAGAUGUAUGAAGGAUUACAAGUAAGAAAUACCAAUCACCUUGUAGCGAUUCAAAAGAUGAAAUUCAGCAAUAUUACUAAAUUUUAAUUUUGUUACUGAUUCUGGUUGGUUGGCGGGAAAGUUAACGGGAGGUGCCGCGCCAGUUGGUCACUACAAACACAACUUUACUAGCUUGUCAGUGUGUUGAACCAUCUUAACAAAACAACAUUGGACGCUACCCCUGCCUUUCACUUUCGCGUCUUUCCCACCAUUUGAGAGCCUGGAACAGUCUAGGCAGGGGGGAUGUGCAAGAGACGAAGUCGUAAAUUUACAGAAUCUGAUUCGUAAGCUGAGAUACACCUUGAAUGUUAUGCUAAGGAGAAGAAAACAUAACAUAGCAAGCGUUUUAAUUUCUAGGUCCGGAGGUUGUGUGUUUAAAAAUAAAUUUGAAAUAAUUGCAAAUAAUUCAAGCCAGCCAUAACUUGAUUAAAACCCCAACUAGUAGGAGACAAAUUUGAGCUUAUUUGUUUUUUAUAGUUAUUUUUUGUGGUUGUCGUUUUGUGUUUGUUUCUUUAUUUUGUCUUUUCAAUAUAUAUAUAUUUUUUUCAUAUAAACAGAACAGCAAUAACAGAGCUUGCAAUGCAAGGUGGCCACGCAACGUGUAACGCAACAGUGGCUGGUGCCUUGUUGGGCUGCAAAGUUGGAUAUUCUGAAUUACCCCGUGACUGGAUCGAUGGCUUACUUCCACGACAAGUAGCCUGGCUUAAUACUAAAAUAAACUGCUUUCUUGACAUGAUGGCUCUACCAUGAAGGCCCCAUGCGAGUUUCGAUAAACCUGAGCAAUAGGCCUUAUCGCGGUUUUCGACUCCAUCUUGACGAGUAGGCAACCGCGUGCGAAAUUACAGUGUUUGUAUGACAAUCUAAUGUCGAACAAUUUCCCUUAAAUUGCCAGCUGGUCUGGAAAAAGUAUGUAUAUAUAUGAAUUGGGAACUAAAGCUUCACUCCUAACGAUUCUACUGAAAAGAGUUGAGGGUGUUACAUGCAGCUACAAGCGCUAGAACCACUUUUUAAAAUUUUCUAUACAUUUCUCUUCCUUCCGACUAAAAUUUCCCGAGAAAAAUUGCAGACAAAUAUAUGGAAAAUCGAAAGCAAGGGUCUGGUGAAAUUUAAGCACAGGUCCACAAAAUUUGUUAGUAAAAUCCUUUGCUGUGUAGCUUUAGUUUACCAGCACAGGCGUUUUACGGAAAUUAUGCGACAUUAGAUGCUCAUACAAACACUGUAAAUUCUCACGCGGUUGGCUACUCGUCAAGAUGGCAUCGAAAACCGCGAUAAGGCCUUUUCGUCGACCAGUUGGUGUGGUGAUACCGUGUUGCGAGGAUCGACAGUUUACCUUUAGUUAGCUGUACAUGUCUAACCUCCAUUAAGCGGCCGUGAUACCAUUCCGUUUCAUGCAUUCCAUUUAUUCUUUAGUGGAAGUCCAAACGCUGGCUACAUAUUAAGUGCCGCACAUGUGUAAUGACAACUUGGCCUCGGAUGUUCAAACGUUGGAAUUCGCUCUCAAGCGGCGAAAUCACUAUCCAGCAGAUAAGUACUGCGGGAAGCAAUCAGUUAUCCGCUGGAUAGAAAUUUAUGGAGUAGAUAGCAAUAUCCACUGCGACCCUUUUAACAACUGGGCACUGGAGACUAGGAUUGCAAGCUCCUCUAGACAGCGAAAAAAUAGUCCUUAAAUAUUGUUGGCAAUUUCCAUUACUGAUGAACCCGGCAGUUCUAGCUGUGUUGUUUUUUGAUAUUUUACUGUUUGUGUCCCCAAUGUUGUGCUGUGAGUUUCAUGUAUGUUAGUGUCCAGGG